AUGUCAACGGGAGUUGUGUCUUGGCCCCGUCCUCGCUUGGGCGGAGCCGACUUCGUGGUCGGGUGUGAGGGGAACAGCCGACCUACAGCAGUGGGCGAGCUGGUUGACGAGGAGGUCGACCUGCACUGGGGCCAGUGCAUGGGCGCCGACUUCAGGGUGGCGCCGACUUCAGGGAGGCCGGCAGCUGUGCGACUCACCACCAUGGUUGGCGUGGGUGACGCUGGUGUUGCAGACACCAUGGAGGCGCGGCUGGCAGGCGCGAGGAGACGCCAUGAGGCGCAGGAGUUUGGCGACCUCCCGUGGGCGGUCGUCGAGGCUGGCAUCCGCUCCGUGUGGGCGACAGAGCACCCUCCGUCUCAGCCUGCUUCUCCUCGACCGGUGAACACCGAGGGCGGCGUCGACGUGGGCGUCAACGCCAGAAGUGGCCAAGUCGGCAGCAGUGCGGGAGGCACGUCGAGGCAGCGUGCAGCCCCUGUCGUGGACCCCCCUUAA